AACAGCAAGAGCAACAACACACGGAGUGGCAGCAACGAUUGCGAUUGUGAGACACGGCACAGCCAUCGGCUGUUGCACAUUUGAUUCGAGUCGAGUCGAGUCGAGGCUUCAUCAUAACGGCAACGGCAGCAGCAACGGCAGGAGCAACGGCAGCAGCGGAGGGGAACAACCAGAGAGCCACGAAGCCGAGUCAGGCGCCAAGCAAUUUGUACAAACAUUUGCGCAAACAAAACGCAAGCGUGUGAGCAACGAAGAAGGAGGAGAGCUGCCAACCUCCCCGCCCCACCUCCUGCACUUGCAGUGGUAGGUCGCGUGACCCGCGAGUUUUGCACAAUAAACAACGUAAUUGCUCAUAACGCAGCACGGGCAAGGAGCCGGAGCAGGAGCAGGAGCAGGAGCAGGAGCUGGAGCUGGAGUCCAGGGAGUUGGGAGAGAGUGACGAUAACUAACCGUUUAUAGCAAUUAUACGACCGACCAGCAGCAGCAGCGGCAGCAGCAGCAGCAGCUGAAGCGGGGCAACGCCCCCUCCCGAGAAGUGAUUUGUAGUGCGUGUGUUGUAACGGGUAAGGGCAGGUGGCACGAAACAAUUAGACCCUCCACCACAACCCCCAACCAGCCACCGGGCGGAAAUUCACCCGGAAGUGUAGCCAAACCCCCAACCCCACCCACUCCCACGCCCACGCCCGGCUAGAUGUAUAAACCGGACACCCUUACGCGCCGCGGCAGUCUGAGAUCCCUGCGCAGCGCCCCCCUACUGAGCACGGUGCUGGAGAGCACACUCUCGCUGACCCGCAUCCAUCCGAUCGCAUCGCUGGAACUGCCCGGCCUCGACUAUGCCAUCCACUCGCAAUCGGCACUGGGCGGUCUUGGCCAUCAUCGCGAAUUAGGCACCUCACUGCGCAGUGGCAUUGCAGCAAUCACAGCGGCCAGCGCCUCAGCAGCCGGCGGCCUAUCGCAGUCGCAGAGCGCCCUCUUGGGGCGAUACGGCGCAAACGCCUCCAUACGCCACAACGAGCGAAAGAUUGUCCAACCGAAACGGGUUCUAUCACGCAAACUAAAGCCACAUCUUGUUGCGGACACCGUUAAGCAGUAUAUAAGUCGGGCCCAACGCACAACCAAAAAGGGUACCCAAGAGCAACAAAAUAACAUGGAGUUUUUACGCGGCGUCUAUGCGUUUAUGCAAGUGAGUAGAUCAUCGGUGUCUCAUGUCAAAAUCGAUUCACCUGUUUUUCGCCUGCACACCAACGCAACGGUUAUAUUACUGAUCACAUUCUCGAUUGCUGUGACGACGCGGCAGUACGUAGGAAAUCCCAUAGACUGUGUACACACAAGAGACAUUCCCGAAGAUGUUCUCAACACAUAUUGUUGGAUACACUCAACGUAUACAGUGGUCGAUGCGUUUAUGAAGAAGCAAGGUUCCGAGGUGCCUUUUCCCGGAGUUCACAAUUCACAGGGGCGUGGCCCUCUAACAAUAAAGCACACAAAAUAUUAUCAAUGGGUAGCGUUUACACUAUUUUUUCAGGCAAUCUUAUUUUAUACACCAAGAUGGCUGUGGAAAUCUUGGGAGGGUGGCAAGAUUCAUGCGCUCAUCAUGGACUUAGACAUAGGCAUUUGUUCCGAAGCCGAGAAAAAACAAAAAAAGAAAUUACUUUUAGAUUAUUUGUGGGAAAAUUUAAGAUAUCACAAUUGGUGGGCGUACAGAUAUUACGUGUGUGAGCUGCUCGCCCUUAUAAAUGUGAUAGGUCAAAUGUUUCUUAUGAAUCGAUUUUUCGAUGGCGAAUUUAUGACAUUUGGCCUGGAUGUGAUAGAUUAUAUGGAGACCGAUCAAGAAGACCGCAUGGAUCCUAUGAUUUACAUUUUUCCCAGAAUGACCAAAUGUACAUUUUUUAAAUAUGGUUCAAGUGGGGAGGUGGAGAAACACGACGCCAUUUGCAUUUUACCAUUAAAUGUUGUUAAUGAGAAGAUUUACAUUUUCCUUUGGUUUUGGUUUAUCUUAUUAACGUUUCUCACAAUGUUAACGCUAAUAUACAGGGUGGUUAUUAUAUUCUCGCCUCGAAUGAGGGUCUACUUAUUUCGUAUGCGAUUUAGGUUAGUGCGUCGUGACGCUAUUGAAAUAAUCGUUCGUCGUUCGAAGAUGGGCGAUUGGUUUUUGUUGUAUUUACUAGGUGAAAACAUAGAUACAGUUAUAUUUCGUGAUGUUGUACAGGACUUAGCGAAUCGUUUAGGACAUAACCAACACCACAGGGUGCCUGGAUUGAAAGGUGAAAUACAGGAUGCAUGAUAUUGGGAGUAUUAGAAACAAUACAAAAUGCAAUUUGUCGUCUCCAACUAAAAACCAUCAAAAGUAACUAAUAAAAAAACAAACAAACAAACAAACAAC